AUGAUAAAUAACGACAAAAACAAUACACCUUCAGCAACGGCUUAUACGGCCGCUGUAUCUGCUGCUGCAAUCGCCACAUCCGAUAACGAUCAUACAAGCACCAGACAAAAGCGAAAUAAGUUCUUAUCUCUUUUUCCUUCUUCCAAAGACGAAGGUAAUAAUUCGAAUAACAUGAAGUGGAUAGCCUCCGGUUGCACCAAUAACAACAAGACCCAGACAAUACAGUGUACACCUUCUACGUCAUUUUACGGAAGCCCCACUACAACGUCCUCCACAAUGACAACUUCAUCUUCUUCAUCUUCAACCGUUUGUCCUUCUCCCAUCCCGACAAUGUUAAAACCUCAAUUCAGAGUGACGAAUCCCUCUUGCAAGCCAGAUUAUGCAAACCUUCGAAAACAUUUUUCAAAAUUUCAAAGUAAAUCAAAGCACCGAACUGAUAUUCUAAAAUUACAGUUGUUACCUUGGCUGAGGAAGUAUGUGAUUAAUUUGCGUAUUCAACAACAAACGGAUUACAAAGAAGAAAGUGGACUAUGGGGUUUGAAGACGAUAUCCAAGGAGAAGAAAGAAUUGCAAUUCGGAAGAUCUGUUCUACUGAGAUGGUGGAGGUCGUUAUUAAGCACCAUGCUUCUUAUUGAAAAUGAUGAGAGAUGCUUGUAUUAUGAAAGUAUUUUAGAAAUUAUUACAAGAUGUGAAUUUUUAGAUUUUGAUUAUAAUGGGCCAAAUGACUAUACUCAGUGGUGUAAACCUAAUGAUGCCCCUCAUUUGACUUUAAUCGAUGAAUACCGCCAGCUUUUAAGUACUACCUUAAAAUAUGCAUUAGACAGAUUAAAUCAAAAAGCAGUAUACUCCAAUAUGAUUUCAUUUUGUGCUAAAAUACUAGCCCUUUGUUAUUUUAAGAUUCCAGGUCUAGCUUCAUCUUUGUUACAAGCGUUGAACAUACGACCUGCAAUAAUGAAGAGAUUGCGCAAUGAAAUGUCAGAUGGAUCUUCACAGGAGCAUCUUCACUACAAAGAAAAUUUAAAACUCGUGUUUCCAACUUACCUACACCAGUUACUAACACCUGAUGCAUCAAAUUAUCAAAAUCAUUUUGCAACUAUCAAAAGCCAGAAGACAAAAUUACCAAUAAGUUUAGCCGGGAAUUGGAUCAGGAGAUGGCAAAGUGAUGAUAGCGAGCUAUUUUUUUCAUUCUAUCGACAUUAUCAUAGUACAUUGAAGCUCUACAUUAUUGCGGUUUAUCCUACCGUCAGUCGUCAGCAGCUUCAUCAGCGAAAUUCCAUACUAAUGGCAUCUCCUGGUUACAUGUAUUUUGCCGCAUUCUUUGCAGGCAAGGUGGACUCAUUAAUCAACAGAGAGAUACAUUCAGUGACAACAGUGGUGGAUCAGCAACUGGUUGCAAACAAUCAUAGGAAAAGCAACUUUCUAUCAUCUACUCUCGCCCCUGUAGACAAUAUUCCAAUGAUUGAUGAGACUAGACCAUUUUUGUUCAAUAGUGGGAAUCAUGACUAUACUACUGCAGCAAAAUCUCAUCAAAAUAUUCCCACAGGAAAACCGAAACCUUUAGAAAUGGCAACUAAAAGAUAUGCUGAAUGUAUGACUUGGUGCAUCGUAGCAGCUGACCCAUCGGGAUUGUACCAUGAUAUGAUUAAUGUAUGGAUUCGUUUUGCUAUAAAAAGAACGACCCUCACUGAAGCAGAGGGGGUUUAUUGUCUUUUUGAUUUUAUAGAACAAAUUAUUUUGGAAUUGCAAAAAUUCCCGUUAAAAAGAAACUAUUUUCCUAUCGAUUUACCUUUUAUAUUACACACCCUCGACAUAAUUCUUUCCAGGUCCGAUCACACGAUAUCGCUACUUAGAGCCUUAUCAUUUAUCUAUGUCCACUUUGGAUUUUUGACAUCUCAUGCAGCCUUACUAGAUUUAUUGUGCAAUCGGAUUAUGUUGGAUACACAAACAUUUGAACGAUUGUUACUGCAUUGGGGUAAAAAUGUCCGCAUAUUCUUUAUUAGAUGUCUCAUGUGGCGCGUGGGUCGAGUUUGGCACUCCUCCGGUAUCCGGUGGAACAGUGAAGCAGAGCAAAUGGUAAAAAUGAUGGUGAGAGGAAAUAAUGAUGCUGUUAUGUGUGACGGCCACUCUUGUUGGUCUCAAUGGAUGGAUAAAUCAUCAAAAGUUGAAAAUAAUGCCAAAUUAGUGUCCGCAGAAAUGAAGGCGUACCAGCAAUGUUCACUAGAGGUUCAUAUUGUAUUGGAAGCGUUAAUGGCUUCAUUCCACAGAAACCAUUCUUACUUUCAACAUUCUUUUACAGGACUACAGAGUCGAGAUAAGCUGGAUUUUGUAAUUUCAUCUACCAACAGCUCAUGUACGUCACCUAUUCCUGACAGGAUCCGAUGCUUUUCAUCACAACUAGCGAUUCUAUCAACAGACUCGGGUUAUUUAUCACCCUCUUUUUGUACAGCAACAGAUGACACGAUUAGUAUUGACAGCAGCUCCGCUCGUUCGAAUAGCCACAAGAGAAGUAGAGCUUCACCCAAUUCGAAGAAACGACAUAUGAUGACGAGGUCUCGAACAGGAAAAGGUAGACUUUUGAGACUCUUCAAUAACAACUCAUCAACUUUGAGCGACAAUGAUGAUGAAAUGACAGAUGAUGAUGGCUCUUAUUUUGCCAGUUCCAAAGAUGAUGUAGUCGGCGAGAUUAUGCUUCAAGAUGGUGAUGAUGUUCCACUUGCAAACGAAUUUUAUACCGUGAGUAGUCCUUAUACAUCCUCAUCUUUCCAGCCUGCUCAUGAUGAUCAGUCAUCUUCAACAGAAAUGUUUUCUUCUGAGAAACCAUCAGUAAGGCAGAAAUCCCCAGAAGAUACAAUGGAGGGAAAAUCGGAGGAUCAAGCAGAUGAUGUUUCUCAUGUCCCCUCACCUGCAGGUUUCCCAUCGCAAAAUAAUACAGAGGAGGACAUGGUGGUCUGCUAUGAGUCACUUCAUGAGAAAGAAAAAGAAAAUGAUAUGGAAAUGACAUAUUACGAAGCUCCAGUAAUGCUUGUGUGCGCACGAAGUUGGAAAUACCCGCCAUCAAGUCACGUGUAUGCGUCGAAAAUUCUUUCAGAGAUGAAGGUGAUAAUGCAUGAAUAUUGUAUUUGGUUAGAGAAGACACAAGAAGCAAGGUCCAAAUCAUCAAUGAUAUUUGUGCCGCGACUGUCUUUGGAUUGGCCCAAAAAUUGGACGUAUACUCAUAACUAA